ACUAUAGAAACCAAAUCUUCCCUAAAAUGUAAACAAACAUGAAAUAAAUUGAAAAUAAAAUUUGUGGAGUAUAAAGUUUUAUAUUAAAUUAUUACGAUUUAAGUAAGGUAUUCAUAAAAUUUCAAAUCGAUUCUAAGACAGAAAUACAAGUGUUUCUUUUAUUAUAAUAUGAAAACAUAGAGAAAAAAUCGCUAAAAUGUUAGCCCCCGUAUUUACAUUAAACCUCAGCAAUAAAAUCUUACCUCACAGAGUUACAAUCGGGAAAUAUGAUGGAGUGCAUCCUUGUUUAACUGCCGCGACAGCUUCUGAUAAAAUAUUUGUACAUAGUCCUCAUCGAAACACUGUAUACAAAGGAGGAAGAUGGUCAAGUAAUGCAUUAUCUGGAGAUUUAAGUAUAUUGAACAUAAAUCAAUCCAUAACUUGUGUUGCUGCUGGCCCCCUGAAACCAGAGUCCAAAAAUGAUGUGCUUGUAGUUGGAACUGCAACUAACUUACUAGCUUAUGAUGUGGAAAAUAAUACAGAUUUAUUUUAUAAAGAUGUACAUGAUGGUGCUAAUUGUCUCUUGAUUGGACAACUUGGUGCUACAGAAAACCCUUUAGCUAUUGUUGGAGGAAAUUGCUCUUUGCAAGGUUUUGAUCAUGAAGGAAAUGAUGCAUAUUGGACAGUUACUGGUGAUAAUGUUAGCUCCAUUGCAUUAUGUGAUUUCAACCAUGACUCAUUUAAUGAAUUAAUUGUUGGUUCAGAAGAUUUUGAUAUACGGGUGUUUCGAAAUGAUGUAAUUAUUGCUGAAAUGACUGAGACAGAAGCAGUUACUGGCCUAUGUAAAAUAAUGGGUCAACAUUUUGGCUAUGCACUUGCUAAUGGAACUGUUGGAGUUUAUAAAGGUUUAGAUAGAGCUUGGAGAAUAAAGUCUAAAAAUCAGGCAAUAUGUUUAAAUAGUUAUGACAUAGAUGGAGAUGGAGUUCCUGAAAUAAUCACUGGUUGGAGUAAUGGCAAGAUUGAUGCUCGAAAUGUUCAGACAGGUGAAGUUGUAUUUAAAGAUAACUUUUCUCAUUGUAUUGCCGGCAUAGUAAAAGGGGACUACAGAUUAUCUGGCAAAGAGGAACUAAUAUUUUGUGCAACUGAUGGAGAAGUUAGAGGUUAUGAAGCUACUUCUGCAGAAAUGCGUCAUCACAUGCUGGAUGCAAAUUUUGAACAAGAAACUGUUCGAGAUCUUUCUCAAAAGAAGCAGGCUUUGCUUUUAGAGCUGAGAAAUUAUGAAGAAAAUUCCAGAAUUGGAAGUGGCAAUAUUAAAACUACAGGUAGAGCAAGUCAACAGCAUGAUGAAUAUGGUGUUAUCCCUGCUACAACACAAUUGAAAACAGGACUAGCAAUCAAUUUGGGAUCUGAUAAAAUUGGACCUCAUAUAGAAAUAACCCUGGAAACUACAAACAGCACUAUUAUUAGAGCCGUCCUGAUAUUUGCUGAAGGAAUAUUUGAUGCAGAAUCACAUGUGAUCCAUCCGAAAGAAAAUCAGUUGUCAUCAUCAAUUCAAAUUCCUCUUUGGCCUCCAAAAGAUAUACCUAUUGAUUUGCACAUCAAGGCAAUGAUAGGAUAUAAAGGAAGCAUUCAUUUUCAUGUGUUUGAGUUAACGAGGCAGUUACCUAGAUUUUCAAUGUAUGCUCUUACACCAGAUCACACUGAAGAAGAGCCAGAAAGCUAUGUUAAGUUUUUCCUGAAUGAUAGAAUACAAAGGGUUUUAUCUUGGAUCAAUAGCAACUUCCUUCUUAUGCAAGACUUGGAAUUUACUAAUCAGCUCAAUUUAAGAUUCACUUGUCUUAGAUCACAACAGCCUUUAUUAAUUACUAUGGAUUCAUCAUCAGAGGUUUUCAUAAAAACUGAUGAUAUGGAAUUGGCUGGUGAGCUUAUACAAUCUUUAGCUCAGUUCCUUACAGUAGAAGACCUUGCAGUUACAGCUCAUUUUCCUCAAGAUACCGAUAAUUUAUCUCAGUUGUUGACUAAGGUCAAUGAUUAUCAAUCUGUGCGCCAGCAACUAUCAGCCGAUAUGGCUGAUAAUUCAGGUUUAAUACGAAACCUUGUAGUUCGAGCAGAAGAUGCUCGUCUCAUGAAAGAUUACCCUCUUAUGAGACAGUGGCAUCAAGAUUUACACACUUUAAAUAAUGAGCUUAUAAACAACUACAAGAUACGAUCCAAUAAUCAUGAAGAAUUAAUGACAUGUUUGAAGCAAGUAAAUCAAAUUAUUCAAAGAGCAGGAAGACUCAGAGUGGGAAGACCAAAAACUCAAGUUAUCAAUUUUUGCCGUGCUGCUAUCAAGAAUAAUGAUAUAACAGCUUUAAUCAAAGUUAUUGAAACCGGAGAGCAGUGAUGAUUAAUUAUGUCUAAAAUGUCACAUAUUCUAGUCAAGAAAAACACUUUAUAUUUUAUUUUUUAAAGUGUACUAUUUUUAUUUUAAAAUCUAUAAAAUAUUUUAGAUGA